AUGAUUCGAGAAACAGCUGUUAGAUUAGCUCAAAAUGUUGGGAGGGCUGGUAAAAGCAUUCCUCCCAUCAAACUGGCAUAUAAGAAUAUGUUGAAAGAUCCAAGUAUCAAAUACAAAAAAUUUCAACAGAACCCUUUCCCACAGAGACAGUGGCCAAACCGUGUUAUCGAAAAGGCUCCACGUUGGCUUUCUACAGAUUUGAGAGAUGGUAACCAAUCACUCCCGGAUCCUAUGUCUGUAGAACAGAAAAAGGAAUAUUUUCAUAAAUUGUUAGAGAUUGGAUUUAAAGAGAUCGAAGUUUCAUUCCCAUCUGCAUCUCAAACAGAUUUCGAUUUCACCAGAUAUGCUGUCGAAAAUGCUCCUGAUGAUGUUAGUAUUCAAUGUUUAGUUCAAUCACGUGAGCAUUUGAUUAAGCGUACAGUUGAAGCUCUAACGGGUGCCAAAAGAGCUACUAUACAUUCUUAUUUGGCAACAAGUGAUCUUUUCCGUAAUGUGGUUUUCAAAAUGUCCCAAGAGGAAGCUGUUAAAAUGGCUGUUGAAUCCACUAAGCUGAUUAGAAGCUUGACAAAGGAUGAUCCAAAUCAACAGGCAACCCGCUGGACCUAUCAAUUUUCACCAGAGACUUUCAGCGAUACACCAACUGAAUUUGCCGUUGAAAUCUGUGAGGCUGUGAAGGCUGCAUGGGAACCUACUGAGGAAAAUCCAAUUAUCUUUAAUUUACCUGCCACCGUGGAAGUUUCAACACCAAAUAUUUAUGCGGACCAAGUCGAAUAUUUCUCAACUCAUAUUUCUGAACGUGAAAAAGUUAGCAUUUCUGUCCAUUGUCAUAACGAUCGUGGUUGUGGUGUCGCUGCAAGUGAAUUGGCUAUAUUAGCAGGCGCUGAUCGUGUGGAAGGCUGUAUCUUUGGUAACGGUGAACGUACUGGUAACGUUGACUUAGUGACCAUUGCUCUAAACAUGUAUACUCAAGGUGUUUCUCCAAAUUUGGAUUUCUCUGAGUUGACUAAGCUCAUUGAAGUUGUGGAGCGUUGUAACAAAAUUCCAAUUUCUCCAAGAGCUCCUUACGGUGGUGAGUUAGUUGUUUGUGCAUUUAGUGGUUCUCAUCAAGAUGCUAUCAAGAAAGGUUUUGCCGCUCAAGAGCAAAGACGUGCUCUUGGCGACACUAUCUGGUCUAUUCCAUACUUGCCACUUGACCCUAAGGAUAUCGGUCGUGACUAUGCUGCCGUGAUCCGUGUCAACUCUCAAUCAGGUAAGGGUGGUGCUGCAUGGAUUAUUUUGAGAUCUUUGGGUCUUGAUCUUCCAAGAAACUUACAAAUUUUGUUCUCUAAAGAGGUUCAAAAUACCGCUGAUUCUUUAGGUCGUGAACUAAAGUCCACUGAAAUUUGUGAUUUGUUCAAGGAAAAAUACAACUUCAACAACGAGCAUUUCAACCAUAUCAACUUGUUGGAUUACGACAUCGUCAAAACCGGUUCCGACCGUAGAAGCCUAAACGGUCAAGUUGAAAUUAACGGUCAAGUUCAUGACAUCCAAGGUUCUGGUAACGGUCCAAUCUCUUCAUUGAUUGAUUCAUUGUCUAAUUUGCUAAGCGUUAGACUAACUGUUGAAAGUUACGCCGAACACUCUCUAGGUUCAGGCUCAUCAACUCAAGCUGCUACUUACGUUUCUUUAGCCUACAGACGUGAAUCCGAUAACGAAAUCACUUGUCAAUGGGGUGUUGGUACUUCAGAAGAUGUUGGUGAUGCAUCAUUUAGAGCUAUCCUGUCUUCUGUCAAUAGCAUCUUUAACGCUGGUGAAAUUACUUUACCUAAAACAGCGGAUUCUGCUGCAGGCUCUCAAUAA